AGACCCUCCCCCUGCGUCCCGGCACCGCCCUGUCCCAGGCUCCUUUGCGGGUAAACAGACAUGGCCGACGAGGGAGAUCCCCGGGACGCUGCGCACAACAUGGGCAACCACCUGCCGCUGCUGCCUGCAGAGAGUGAAGAUGAGGAAGAUGAAAUUGAAAUGGAAGUAGAAGACCAGGAUAGUAAAGAAGCCAGGAAACCGAACAUCAUCAACUUUGACACCAGUCUGCCAACAUCGCAUACAUACCUAGGAGCUGAUAUGGAAGAGUUUCAUGGUAGGACUUUGCAUGAUGAUGACAGCUGUCAAGUAAUUCCAGUCCUUCCUCAAGUGAUGAUGAUCCUAAUUCCUGGGCAGACGUUACCACUGCAGCUUUCUCACCCGCAAGAAGUCAGCAUGGUGCGGAAUUUAAUUCAGAAAGACAGAACCUUUGCGGUUCUCGCAUACAGUAAUAUGCAAGAAAGGGAAGCCCAGUUCGGAACCACAGCAGAGAUCUAUGCUUAUCGAGAAGAGCAGGAGUUUGGAAUUGAAGUAGUGAAAGUGAAAGCAAUUGGACGGCAGAGGUUCAAGGUCCUUGAACUUAGAACACAGUCAGAUGGAAUCCAGCAAGCUAAAGUGCAAAUUUUGCCAGAGUGUGUGUUGCCGUCAACCAUGUCUGCAGUUCAGUUAGAAUCACUCAAUAAGUGCCAGAUAUUCCCUUCAAAACCUGUCUCUUGGGAAGACCAGUAUUCGUGUAAAUGGUGGCAGAAAUACCAGAAGAGAAAGUUUCACUGUGCAAAUCUGACUUCCUGGCCUCGGUGGCUGUAUUCAUUAUAUGACGCUGAAACAUUAAUGGAUAGAAUUAAGAAACAGCUACGUGAAUGGGAUGAAAAUCUCAAAGAUGAUUCUCUUCCUGCGAAUCCAAUAGACUUUUCUUACAGAGUAGCUGCUUGUCUUCCUAUUGAUGAUGUGUUGAGAAUUCAGCUCCUUAAAAUUGGUAGUGCUAUUCAACGACUUCGCUGUGAAUUAGAUAUCAUGAAUAAAUGUACUUCCCUUUGCUGUAAACAAUGUCAAGAAACAGAAAUAACAACCAAGAAUGAAAUAUUUAGUUUAUCCUUAUGUGGUCCAAUGGCAGCAUAUGUGAAUCCUCAUGGAUAUGUACAUGAGACACUGACUGUGUAUAAAGCUUCCAACCUGAAUCUGAUAGGUCGACCUUCUACAGUACACAGCUGGUUUCCUGGGUAUGCAUGGACCAUUGCCCAGUGUAAGAUUUGUGCAAGCCAUAUUGGAUGGAAGUUUACAGCCACCAAAAAAGAUAUGUCACCUCAAAAAUUUUGGGGCUUAACUCGCUCUGCUCUGUUACCCACAAUUCCAGAAACUGAAGAUGAAAUAAGUCCAGACAAAGUAAUACUUUGUUUGUAAGUGUAACAGAUUGUUUCCUCAAGUCAGAUCUGCCCCAGACAUCACUGCCUCUGAUGUAUGUGUAUAGUGGUUACAGCAUUUGACUACCAAGUUCAAGAGCACACUUGCUCAGAGGAUGAGAAAGCAGUGUAAAACACAAGGUUGGAUUCAGAAGUACCCGCUUCAGUAGCUUGGUGCCAUUAAUUAUCCUGGUGAAUAUGUGGCAUUGACAGGAUAAGAAAACACCAUUUGCAAUGAUGAGAAAGGCUAGGGAACAGGAUAGGGCACCACUGCUCUAAAUGAUGAAUGUUCCAGGAGCUAGGUUGGCAAGCACAAGACAGAGGCAAAGCAGUAUAUAUUACUUUGAAAGGAACAAAGUCCUUUUAAUUUUCUUUAGCUUGUCUGAGACACUGAUUUGUAAAUUUUGAAAAUAUUAAAGAGUAAAAUAAGCAGUUUGAACAGAAAAAAUAG